UAACAUUCACUAAUCAGCUAUUUGUUGACAUUGAUUCAAUGAUUGCUUGCUGUCUGGGUAUCCUUCCUUCUUUGAAACUAUGGAGUACUGACUGUAGAACCCAGUUUCUCUUUUGAGUAAAGGAACAUGACCUCCUUCCUUAAAUAAAAUGAUAAAACAUCACAUCAACCUCGGCUGUGUCUUCUAAUAUCUUUUAUUCACUUUCUGACACACAUCACACUCUGCAAAUAAGAUAACGCACACCUUGCUUCUUCUCAUUUGAGUUCUUUCAUUACACAAUAGACAACAGGACAGUCGGUGAGCAAUUAUACAAAUAAGAAGGAUGUAAAAUAUGAAAAUGAGUCUUUCUAGAGAAAUACCCAAAUGAUGGGAGGGGCUGAAGAUCAGAUCUGAUAUAAUGACAUAUAAACACACAGAGAGAGAGAAACAGCAGCAGAUUCACCAGAGAAACACACAAGACAUGAAAAAAAUGGCUCAAACUCUAUAUUUCAGCAUUCUUGUCAUUGCUCUCUGCUCAUUAUCUGAAGGCAUUCAGCGCCGCUAUCACUAUAUAAACAUGAAUAAGACCUGGACUGAAGCUCAGAGAUACUGCAGAGAGAACUACACAGAUCUGGCCACAGUCCACAACAUCAAUGACAUGAAACAACUGAUGAAGAACACUGUGAAUAACAAUCCGCAGUAUGUCUGGAUUGGACUGAAGAGAACAGGUGUUUAUCAAUGGAAGUGGUCUCUGGGUGGUCCUGUGAAAUAUCUGAACUGGGAAACUGAACCAUCAGAUCACACAGAUAAUUGUGCUGUUAUGAGAAAUGGAGCAUGGCGUCAGCAGGACUGUGAUGUGGCGUCACAGUUCAUCUGCUACAAUGAUGCAUCAAAGGAUUUCAUCAUCUUUGAAUCACAGACUUUCCUUCUCAGCUGUGACCAGGGAACCAUUAAAGUCCUUUCAGCCAUUUAUGGGCGCACAGACCGACAGACCUGCUCUGCUGGAAGACCAGAUGGCCAGAUAUCAAAUGUUCAGUGCACUCUGAGUACAUCUCUAAGUGUGGUGGCCACUCGAUGUGAUGGAGAAACGAGUUGUUCUAUGGUUGUGAGCGAUACAGUUUUCACUGAUCCUUGUUUUGGAAUUUACAAAUACCUGAAUGUGUCUUAUGAGUGUGUUGAAGCACCACCAAACAGCAGUAAAGCAUACAUCAUUAAUACUUCUAGUACAACAUGGAGAGACGCUCAGAGUUUCUGCAGACAGCAUCAUACUGAUCUGAUCAAUGUGAGGAACCAGACUGACAAUCAACUGAUCCACAACAUCAUUCAUGAUCCUCACACAUCUGUCUGGAUUGGUCUGUUCAGAGACUCGUGGGAGUGGUCAGAUAACAUUGACUCCGCCUUCAGAUACUGGAACUCUGGUGAACCGAAUGAUGCUGGUGGUUCUGAAGAUUGUACAGUGGUCGGUAUGGCUGUUGAGGGGAAAUGGAUUGACAUGUCUUGCAGUCGCACUUAUACUUUUGUGUGUCAUGAAGAUGAGCUGAUAUUGAUCCAGGAGAAUCUGAGCUGGACUGAAGCUGUGACAUACUGCAGAGAGAAUCAUGUGGAUCUGGUGUCAGUGGAUUCACAGGAGAUUCAGCUCAUGGUGACUGAAGUUCUUCAUCAGGCCUCGUCUGCUGAGGUGUGGCUGGGGUUACGUCACUCCUGCUCUGUGGGCAUCUGGUUCUGGGUGAAUGGAGAGGUCGUGUGUUAUCAGAAUUGGGCUCCGGGGAAUGAAGCAGCAGUGGACGACUGUGAGCGUGAAGUGAGAUCUGGAGCGGUUCAGUCUGGAGGAGAUCAUCUCUGGAUCAGCCUUCCUGGAUCUCACAAACUCAACUUCAUCUGCAGAAGAAAGGAGAAAGAAAUAUAAAUCACAGAAUUUUUUGUUCCUUUGUUAAUUUUCUGGUUUUCGUUUUGUUGCUUAACAAUAGGGAGCAUCUAAGGGCACACUACAAAUACAUACCCAGCUAACAGAAGUUUGUUAUAAGAACGUUCCUUAGAGGUUUUUCAUGUUUCUGAAAACGUUGUAAAAACAUACAAAAUGCCAUCAUGGUGAUCGGUGUUUCCUUGAGUUGGGCUCUUGUACCUUGACUAUGAGAGCUAGAUCUUUUGAUGUGUUGUAACUCUGUGCAUGUGAUGUACUGUUGUUAUGGCAUUGCACUGAGAAACUAAUGCAAUGGAGUUUGUUGGUGGCCAUUAAAAUCACCAUCAUUUUGUGGUUAGAAUCAUUGAUCUCAUCUGGUUUGAGUGUUGUACUGUUGAGCCUGAAAGUAAAAUUGAUGGAUUCUGUAGUUUUACUUGCAUUUUGAUGUCUAAAAAAAUGGUGAAAUCUGGACAUUAAAAAAACUACAGCAGACUUUAGACAAACACAGACAUGAAGAAUCAGUGUAUGAGCCUCAAUAAUGGUGACAAUCACCAAACGAAAAUGUUAUACUGCAAUGCAUGCUGGGUAACAUCAUAGCACAAAACAUAUUCAUGAUUCCCAGCAUGCAUUGCAGUUGAUCUGUUUAUCUGAUUAGUCUGUUGAUUGUCACCAUUAUUGAGGUUCAUACACUGAUUCUUCAUGUAUGUGUGUUGCAGUUAUGCUGUAGAUUAAGUUUUUAUUAGCGUCCUGUUUUCACAAAUGUUUCUAGAUAUCAAAAUGUUCUCAAACUCCCUGAUCUUAUAGUGUUCUUUCUUGAUCAACAGCACAGCACUCAAAGAUAAGAGAGAUACACAAAUCAGUGAAUCAAACCACAACAUGAUGGUGAUUUUAAUGAUCCUCGAUCAACACUGGAUCAGUUUCUCACUGCAUUGCCAUAAGGGAUGUACUUUAACAGCACUCACAUACAGCAUGCUAAUAAAACAAUGAAAGUCAAGAGCCCAACUCAGGAAAACACUGAUCACCAUGACCGUGACUUUUCUUAGCUGGGGACGUUCUUAAAACAUAAAAAAACUGGACACUGAAUUUUUUAAAAAAGUUUUCAAAAGCAUGAAAAACCUCUAAGGAAAGUUCUUAUAACAAACUUUUGUUAGCUGGGUAUAUGUUUUCCGUGCUGUUUAAAGCCCAAUUACUAGCCGCUUCGGCCAAAUCACUUUUAUAAAUGUCGUGACUUCUUGUAUCAUCUGGUUAGGUCACAGUGUUAGAAGGGAAGGAAUUCAUUUGUUAUUAUUCUUAUUUACAGAGAUAUAUGUGUGUUUUCUUUCAUUUAAUGUCUGUGUUUCUGACUUUUUCUUCCAAAAGUUUUGACCAAGAUAAAUUCACCUCAGAACCUUUUGUGUCUGAUCAUUUUUAGGUAAAUUCUACCUUCUCUGAAUAAUAUUUAAAGUUUAAUUAUUCUUUUUGAUUAUUUGUUAUUAAUAUUUAAUUAAGUAGACCUUGGAACCUUAAGUCAAUUUUGUUGUCAAUUUGCAUUUACUCAAUUUUAUUGUGUAACUUUUAAGCAAUACAAUUGAUUGAAAUUUCUAAUAAGAUGUAUUUAAUUUAAAAAAAAAAUGCUUGUAAUCUGUUGCCAUAAUUUUAUUGAGUAGAUCUAAGGUAUUACUUUUUACAGUGCAGAUAAUACUAAUCCCGGGCGAAUAGGGCUUAAAUUACAUUUAUCAUAAUGAACAUAACAAACAGAGAAAGAACAACCGAUGAAACUACCCGUCUGUAUCACAACAAGUGCGCUACGGUUUUUGUGUUAUCUAUUAAAAUAUUGAAAUGUCUUACCUGUUCAGAAGAAAUAAAGCGAUGUCUGCAUCCGCUUACAAUCCUUUCAGAUCACGGAGUUCACGCCACCUUUGAAAUGCCUUGCCAAUAUUAAUCCUUGUUUUCACACGAGUCCAAUCACAUUCCCUGUUUCUUUGUAAACUCUCAUCAGUUGGUAUUUUCUUGUUUUUCACAAAUGAUGAAUUCCCAGAUGUCAACACUGCUUGGCGAUUAAAAGUAAAAGUACUAAAAGCUGCUAUAAGUGAUUUAAAAUCACACACCAUUGUUGAUAUAUGCGUUACAUUCAUUUAAAAUUAAGAUUAUCUCAUCAUAUGAAACCAGUGAAGAGUUGCUCACUGCACAGCUCUGAUCUCUCUGCUUUACAACAGCACAUGCUUUGAUACAGAGAGAAAUCUAACACAGGGGUCAAGGGUCAAGAGCCCAACUAAAGCAAACAGUGAUCUCCAUGAUGGUGACGUCAUUUGAACCAAGCCUUCCACUUAACGGUACGACGCUCAAAGAGAGCUAUGGCAAUCCAGAACGUGAAAGCAUGAGCCUCGUGGCCGGUUAGCUCAGUUAGUUAGAGCGUGGUGCUAACAACGCCAACGUCGCAGGUUCGAUCCCCGUACGGGCCAUUGACUUUUCUCUUGCAUCCUGUCCAUCGCUCAUGGCUACUGCGCCUGGGGUCGUUCGCGGACAGUUGGGAGAGCGUUAGACUGAAGAUCUAAAGGUCCUUGGUUCGAUGCCGUGUUUCGGCAAGCGCUACUCUUUCCGUCGCUUUGCUCUCGUUAGAGCAGAGCUCUUUGCUGUCACCAGACCGAGCGGCCUUUACUCUGCGAUCUGGCGGGUCGGCAACCGCUUGUCAACGGGUUCCAUGGUGUAAUGGUUAGCACUCUGGACUCGGACUGCGAUCCGAGUUCAAAUCUCGGUGGGACCUCUCACCGGAACUUCUCCCUUUUUUGGGGCGUCCAUGCGGAACCCCGUCAGCGUUUGAGCAUUUCUCGUAGAACGUUUGCGCUGUCAACGAAGCACGAGUGAAGUUCAUCCAUGUUUACAUGCAGGAGUAGGGUUGUACUUGUGGAACGAUGAACCACAUAGAAGAUGGAGGGUACAGCAGAACAAAUUGCCCAUGUCUGAAACGUUAAUGUGAUUGCAAACAAACACACUAAAAAAAAAAACAUUUGGCAGAGACAUUUUUCAUGCCCAGGGCUAAGGACUUAUUUUGACAAUUGCUCAACACUAAGGGUGGAUAACGCUUUUCAAGAAACUACUGGAAAGCGCAAAGAGACGCCCCACAGCACACGUGCACACUGGCUUAUUGAAAAAGGAAGUAACACUGCAAGAAAACGUGUGGAAUCUUAAGUGACAACUCGAUUGUCUUUGGACGUGAAGCUCCUGCAUCACGUUGCUCUGAGUAAAAGCAAUGCACGUACCAUAUGGGAGACUCUUGUCAUGUGUGUCGAGGUGCCACAGCGAGGAGCGACACCUGACCCUGAUGGCGUUUUGUGAAUGAACAUAUGAGCAGGAAUCAGGAAGACCUUUUUCGGCAGCGGUGAGCCUCGACAGGUAGCAUAGGGAGGGCUAAGACGCACGAAGGCGUGAAGGAGGCUCCAAAAGCCACUGACGUGGAGAAUGCGGGCGUCGGUCCCGCUACCGCUCGCAUGCUAAGCGAGCGCUCUACCAUUUGGCUAAUUCCCCGGCGUUGUCUGCGAAAGACGCUCGUUGCCUCGGCUCAAUGAAACGGGGCACACAGGCGGUGGAAAUACCUUUCCCACGGGGCUGGACAUCACAAUAGCGCCACACCGCUUGGCUCAUUGGUCUAGGGGUAGGAUUCUCGCUUUGGGUGCUAGAUGUCUCGGGUUCAAAUCUUGGACGAGCCCUGCUUUAGGCCUUCCACUCAACGGUACAACGCUCAAAGGACCGCUAUGGCAAUCCAGAACGUGAAAGCUGGAGACCCUUGAUAACGCCAAGGUCGCGGGUUUGAUCCCCGUACGGGCUGAUGAUUUUUCUCUUGUAUCCUGUCCAUCACUCAUGGCUACUGCGCUUGGGGUCCUUCGCAGACAGGCCUGCGAAUCGACGUGGCCAAAAUAGCUGAGUUGGGAGAGCGGUAAGUCUGAAGAUCUAAAGAUCCCGGGUUUCGGCAAGCGUGCCUACUGUAUGUCCAUGACUUUGCUCUCGUUACACCGAGCCGCCUUUUCCCAUUGAUCUGGCGGGUCGGAAACCACUCGACAUGGUGUAAUGGUUAGCACUCUGCGUUUACUUGCUGGUUAGCCCCAUUUACUUGCUGUAACUGUUCAUAUACCUUCGGAGAGACUGCCUCGAUUAAGGCUACACAUCGAACCAGGCUCCUGCGGAGGACCGGUCACGAUCAUGUAGACCGAUUGGCUACCCCUUCAUUCAUACCUCUCGUCAAAGAUCGUUCACCUUCGGAUCAGUUCGGAAGCGGGGGCAGGGCGCCCUCGACAUUCUCUUGCACUCCGAUUGGUCAAAUGUUGAAAAUGUUGAACUUCCACUCUGCGAUUGGCUGCAAAUGUUGAAGCGCUCAGCCCGAUUGGCUACGAAUGUUGAGCGCUCCAACGCGAUUGGCUGCGAAUGUUGAAGCGCUCCCACGCGAUUGGCUGCGAAUGUUGAAGCGCUCCCACGCGAUUGGCUGUGAGUUCGCAGUCUCCUCUGGAGGCGUGGGUUCGAAUUCCAAUUCUGACAUUGCUUUUCACAACCUGGAGUCUCCAGGUGCUCACGUGCUUGCCUUUACAUGGAAACGGUCAUUCGCUGAUUUCUGGCAGACAGUGUAAGGCACAGGUGUCAAAUCCAGUUCCUGGAGAGCCAGUGUCCAGCAGAGUCUUGCUCCAACCUCAGCUGCCUUGAAGUUGCUAGUAGUCCUCUGAAGGGCUUGAUAAGCAGGAUCAGGUGUGUUCCAUCAGGCGUGAGCGUGCAUUCUGUCUGCCCCGUACUCCUUUGCCUACUGUCAGUUUGCAUUCUUCUUGUGCUGUUUUCCUGUGCAUGGGUAUUCGGAAACCACAGUCAGGCAAUGCCAGUGGUGACUACGUGGGUUCGAGCCCCACGUUGGGCAUGUUGUAGCCUUCUGUCCUUGGUGCUCUCCGAAAACAGCCGCUAUAUUGGCGUGCUGCGACGUAUGUGGUUUUGACUCUGCAAAGCUCUGCUGUUUCUUUCCAAGUCAAACCAAUUCCGAGAAACAAAUUCCACGUCUUGUUCUGCUGCCGGCCUGCCGCCUCUGUCUGUCUCUGUGGCACUGCCUGAGGACGGAGAGCCUGUCUAAUAUCAACAAAUCUCUGCAUUUCCAUCUUUUCCAUUUUAUGACAGCCAAUCAGUUUUCACCAUUUCCAUCUUUUCCAUUUUAUGACAGCCAAUCACCGUGGCCCUUUUCCAAAAUUAUCUCUUUGCCGGGGCAUGCGCAGUAAGUCCGCCUCCCAUCGCUCACAGCGAGUUAUUUUAUUAUACUUUUGUGAGUUACUUUGAGAAAAAAGCUGCCUUUAAAUCCGUCUUUGAAUUUAGCGACUUGGGAGUUUAAUCCACCAAUGUAAGAUUCCUCUUUUAAAUUAAGUAGCUGCACUGUAAAAAAAUGAGAGGUAAAAUAAUGGUGAAAUGCAUGGCAGCACAGGGUGCCAAAGGUUGACCAUUAACAGAAAUAACGCUCCACCCUGAACUGAGGUCACGUGUUUAAACUGUGAACAUAAGAAAACAUGUGUCUACCAUACAAUAAAAUAACAUGUUUUCACUGUA